AUGAGUUCAAAACCCCAGGAUAAUAAAGAUAAGAAAGAACCACCCAAGGAAAACAAGCCAUUGGAAACCGAACCAGCUGUUGAAGAAGAAUAAUAGGAAAUCGUCAUGGCUGAUGAUGAAUAUUACCCAGAUAAUCACAUCGACAAACCACUAGAGGAUUCAACUAUUUCAAGAAGAAACAAGAGGUUCUUUGGUUGCCAAGGUAUUCAGUCAUACAAGAGAUUCAACUUGCACUAUCUUGAGGAUAACGUAAUCAUUUUCGCAACUGGUAACACCUACCAAAUCUACAAUAUCCACACUCACGAAAAGAGAAUAUAUCAUGGAUAGGACUCUGACGGUAUUGGCUCCAUCUCAGUUCACCCCUCUAGAAAGUAUUUCGCAGUUGCUGAGAAGGGAAGAUCUCCAAACAUCUACAUUUAUGAGUACCCAAGCAUGAGACUUUAUAGAAUAUUAAGAAAGGGUACUGAGAAUCUUUACUCUCAUAUUGAAUUUUCAGUUUCAGGUACUAAACUAGCUAGUAUUGGAGGCAACCCAGAUUAUACUAUAACCGUUUGGGACUGGCUUCAUCAAAGAGUUAUAUUGAAGGCUAAGGCAUUUUCACAAGAAGUCUAUAGAGUCUCUUUCUCUCCAUUCACUGAUGAUAUUCUAUUCACAAGUGGAAGUGGUCACAUUAGAUUCUGGAGAAUGGCCUAGACUUUCACUGGUUUGAAACUUCAAGGAGAAAUCGGUAAGUUUGGUCAGCUCGAGCUUUCAGAUGUUACAGGCUUUGCUGAGCUACCAGAUGGAAAAAUUGUCAGUGGAUCAGAGUAUGGUACUCUUAUUCUUUGGGAAGGUAAUCUUGUAAAAGCUCACCUUGUCUUGGAUCAAGCUCUGAAAACGCCACUUCAUUAAGGAAUGAUCGAGGUUGUAUACCUAGAUGGAGAUCAUUUUAUCACUGCAGGAGGUGAUGGCUAUAUCAAAUGGUGGAGAUUUCACGAUGUUGACAAUGCUGAAGCUGAUGAGACUAUUGAAGUACCUAUUCAACCAAUUAAGGAAAAAAUCAUCAGAGAUGAUUCGAAUGGUGGAGAACCAGCUUACAUUGUUAAUAUGAUAAAGGGCAACGAUCAUUGGUUAAUAUAAGAUGGAAAGGGUAAAAUAUGGAAAAUGAUGAUGGAAUCAAUGGAAGUAACAGAACUCAAGCAUUUCCACUCAGGAAAAAUUUCAGAUUUGGUUCUCAAUCACUCCUAAAAUGCAGCAGUUACUCUAGGAUAAGAUGGAUAAGCAAAAUUAUGGGAUUUCAUAAAAGAUAGAGAAUUUUACUCAAGAAAAUUCUUAGGAGAAGGUACUUGCCUAGAUUAAUUGCCAUAUGCAGAAGCAAAUUAAGGGAAAGUAGUGGCAGCAGGUUUCAGCAAUGGUAUUGUCAGAGUCCUCAUGAUGGGUUCUAGUGAUUUCCAAAUACUUAAAGCAUUCAAGGCUCAUGAUACCCCUGUUGUCAGGGUUAAAUAUGCACCAGAUAACACAAUGUUUGCCUCAGCAUCUGAAAAUGGAGAGAUAUUUUUCUUCAUAAUCUCAGGACAAGAUAAUCUUUAAAAAUAUGAGCCUCUUUGUAUGGUUUUGAUUCCAUCAGAAGAGCCUAUAAAAAUAAAUGAUUUGAGAUGGGAUACAAACUCAGCUCAUUUGUUGGUAGGAUGCUCAAAUGGAUUUAUCUAUGAAAUUGACAGACCAAAAGCUUAAGACAUUGAUAACACAGAAACAUUCCUUACUGAUUCUGUUAGAAUUAGAAAAUGGAGAUUAAAGAUGAUGGAGUUUCAAAUGAAAAAAAAUUAGAAAAAAGACGAGGAAGAAGAGGAAAAGAAAAGAAGAAUGCGCCUGAGAGGAGAACUUCCAAAAGAAGAGGAAGAACAAGAAGAGGAUUGGGAGCCCGAGUCAAUCUUAUCAUGCAAUUACUUAAACGAUGGAACUGGCAGGUUCCUGGUUUCCUCUUAAGGCCUAUUCUCUGGCUAUGUGUAUGUAUGUGAAUUUGGAUCUCAAAGACCACUUAAAGCCUUAGAAAUUCCAAAAUAGACUUAUUGCAGAUUUAUUGAUAGAAGUCCUUCUGAAAAUUUCCUUAUCUUUGGUUUUGAUAAUGGUGAAAUCCAAAUAAGGUAUAUGCAAAACACUGAUAGACUACUUCAAAUUAAGAUGCAUGAUGGAUAAUAAGGUAGAAUAACCAGUGUUAAAUUUGACAAAGAAGAAAAACUUGUACUUACUACUGGUGAAGAUGGUCUAAUAUAUAUUCAUCUCAUCGACAAAGAAAACAUAAAAAAAGAAGCAGGCUUCAAUCCUCUAGAAGGUGUUGAAGGUGUUGACUAUAUGGCAGAGACAUAAAGAGAGGAAAUUAGAUAGGAAAAAAUGAGAGAAUUUUUUGAAGCUAAUCCACCAUAUUUUGCUGAAAUCGACUAUGAGAAAGAUGCUUUAGAUCAUGCCUAUCUUGCAUAAUCCCUAAAAAUUGCAGAAGAUCUCAACGAAGACAUCUUAGAUCCAAGCUAAUAUUCAAUUCAGCAAGCAAAGCUUAGAACUGAGGAAGAUCACAGAAUUAAAUUAGCUGAAGAAAAGAAAGAAGGAGUUAAGGAAAGGAUUAAGAAACUUAGAAAAGCCUUUAAGGAGUUAAGCAUUAGAAAUUCUUAGGCAGAGAAUUGGUUGUAAAUAACCAAUGAUGACUUUAACAUUGACCCAAUCUACUUCAAUGUGCUUUAAGAGAGAAACUAUUUCAAGAUAGAAGAAGCUAAAAAGGAAGUAGCAUGGAACAUUGAAUUCUACAAAGCUAAACUGAACAAACUAAAGUCAAAGUUUUAUGAUGUACUUGAAUUUGAAAAAUUCACAGUCAUUGCAUUAAAAACCCCUUCAUAUGUUACGACUUUUAGAGUUCACAAAAUGAGUGAUUUCUUGUAAUAAAACAUUGAAACAUUCAAGCAAAUGUUAGAGUCUGAAAUGCUUGGAAACAAUUCUAUGGACUACAAUGAUGAUCAAGAUAUGGAUAACUUAGAUGCUUCAGGCAAUCUUCAAUAAUAAUCAAAGGAUGACAAAGCUAAAGAUGCUGGAUAAACCAAGACCUCAAUGAAUUAAACCAAAAAGUAGCAAUAAUAACAAGCAAGUCUAUAAGCUAAAAAAACUGAAGCAGAGAGAAAAAGAGAAGAAAGAAAACUGUAAAGAGAGGCUAGAAAGAAGAAGAUUGAAAAACUAGAAAAGAAAGAAGCCAUGCACAGUGGUGAAGACCCAGCUGACAGAAAAGAAAUCGAAGAAGCUAUGCAAACCUACAAGGAUUAUAAGUUAAAGUUAUCUGCUAGCUAUAUUGUUCCAGAGAACUAACGAGUUAACUUCAGCAAAAAGAGGCAGUAAAUGGUACUUCUUGAAGGUAGUAUUCAUAAACUCAAGGUAGAUUUCAACAAAAAGAUAUAAGAAUUAAAAAUUAGAAAGCAAGAAAUCAUUGAGAGAGUUAAAAAGUUAAAUGGUAGAUUGACAGAUAUAAACUCAGAACUAGGAGAGCAGGUCUAACUCUUUGAACCAACAGUUGAGGAGGGCGUUGAAUAUCCUGAAAAAUUCUUUGAGAUCCAUGAAAAAGAUAUAGAACUUUUCAAAAAAUUAAAGGCUGAAAGGGAAAGAGCAGCAGCUGCAGCCAAAAAGACUUCUAACUUUGGUUCAAAGAAAGCGCAAAAUUAAGGCCCAGUUGAAGAAUAAACAGGAGCUUAAGGCUAAGUUGUCAUGACAGAAGCUCAAAAGUAAGCUGAAGCUAAGAUUCUACAAGACAAGGCUAAUGAGGAAAAGAAGAAAAAUCAAGGUAUUGAAAGAAAAGGUAAGAAAGCGCCAGAAUCUUCUGAAAUCGAUGAGGAGAUGAGAUAAAUUAGGAAAAUUGAAUGUCUCUAUGAAAGAGAUCAAUUAAAUACUGAGAUAGAUGGUAUGAUCAAUAGUUUUGAUGAGGAAAUUAAAGAAAUGCAAAAGGAAAAGUACAGACUUGAGAGUGAUUUGAAAAAUGCUGAAAUGAAGCUUAUUCUUUUCUUUGAGGAGUUAAUCUUAUUGAAGAGCAUGGAAGGAAGAGAUCAAGAAUUGACUAAGGCAUUGGCUAAAUGCAGAUAGGACAAGGGUCAGAUAUUAAAGGAAAUCAAUGAUAUUUCUAAGAAAUUAAGAGAAAAGAAGAAUGAAAUUGAUGGAAUUAAGUCAAGAGAGGAGGAACUAAUGACCAAGUUCCAUGAAUUGUGUCCAGAGGGUUCUGAUAAGUAUGAUGAGAUCAGAAAGUUCUUUGAAAAGAUUAUAAAGAGAAGAACAAAGCAAAAGCAAGUAGACAGAGAAGCAGGAGAUGGAGAUGAAGACGAUGAAGAUGGUGGUGCAGACGAGGAAGAAGAAUACGAAGAUGAUGAAGAAGACGAGGAGGAUGAGAAUAACGUUGUAUCACUUCCACAAGAGGAAUAUAAAAUAGAUGAAAUCGAAAAACUUAGAGACGAUAGAAUGAACCUCUAUGACGAGAAAGAAAAGAUCCUUCAGUUCAUCAAUGACCUCGAAUAACAAAGAAAGAAACUCGAAAAUCAAGAGAAGAAGAUUAAGGCUGAGUUAGAAGAUACCGAGGAGGAAAUCUAAGACUUCCAAAAGGAGAAAAUGGCCAAGCUAAAUCAACUUGAUGUUUCAGUUGUUCUUAAAGUAAAGCAACUCUAAAAUCUUGAGCCAGAUUAUGCAAUGGUUGACAAGUGGAGAUAAAUUAGAGAGAAGGAACUCGAGCAAAAAUAACAGGAACUCUAAUAGCAACACCAUGAUGGAGAUAGUGGUAUGGAUGAUUAACAAAGAAUUCAGUAAUUAAUGGAUGAGCCAGAUUACAGAGGCUAUUAUCUACCAAAAGAUCUUAAGGACUCAAUCCUCUUCACAAGAACCUAACUCCUGCAACUUAUCAACAGAAAGAGAGAACUAGAUGAAGAGUAAAUAAACCUUGACAAGCAAUUUAAGGAAUAUAAGAGAGAUCACAAUCAAAAGAAAAAGGAAAUCAAGGAAAACGAAAAGAUCAGAUCUUCAAAAGAAAGGGAAUACAAUGAAAGAUAAAUGCUUAGAUUCGGUAACUUGGUUGAUCUAGAUAAUCUUGAAAUCUCAGGGCCAUCCAAUGCAGUCUUGGAAUUACAAAAUAAAUUCCAAAAGACAGAAAAGAAGUGUAUCAAAAUGAUCGAAGAGGCUGAAGCAGAGAUGGAAAAGACCCAGAGAGAUCUAACUCAAGCAAUAAAAAACAACACAAACCUUCUAAAUCUUAUUAGAUAAUUAGGAGAGGAAUAACUCCAGCUUAACAGAAAUCUUGAUAGUACCAAUAAAGCCAUUUUUGUUGAUGAAGAUGACGAAGAUAAGAAGAACAUGAUGGAGGAGAAGCAAAAGCUUAAGAAACUAUUGGAGCUACAAGCUAAGGAGAUUGAAACCCUUAAAACUGAAAUCAAUCUCUACAAAAAGAAAGGAGGUCACAUUUACACCAAGGUUACAACUAACAGGCGUGUAGCUAGUCUUAACCAGCAAGAAUGA